AUGAAUCAAACCCCCCUCUGGGUUACCUUUCUUUCAUUCUUUAUCAUUCUUCAUACAACACAUUCCUUGGAUGCAGUAGUUAAGAGUUCAUUGAUCAACUUCCUUUCAGAACUAUCUAACAACAAUGCCCUACUUAAUUCUGUAUGGAACACCUCCACUGAUCCUUGCACUGACCGGUGGACAGGUGUAACUUGCAAUAGUCGGAAGAACUCUGUGAGUAGAUUAAAUCUUACCAGGCUCAAUCUUUCUGGAUCAUUUGAUGCUAGUCAUCUUUGCAAUGACCAAUCUUUAGCUGCAUCUCUCAGUGUUAUUAUUCUUGAUGGUAACAAUAUUCAGGGAGAAAUCUCAGCUGAUAUUUCAAAUUGUACUCAGCUCAGUCGCUUGCGUUUGAGCCAGAACCGUAUUUCAGGAAACCUUACGGGUUCACUUUCUCUGUUGAGCAACCUGAAAAGACUCGAUGUUUCAUACAAUAACUUCACUGGUGCCUUGCCAGACUUGUCCCGCAUUUCUGGACUCACUAUGUUCCUUGCUCAAUACAACCAGUUCACAGAUAAAAUCCCACAAUUUGACUUCUCAAAUCUGCGGCAGUUCAAUGUAUCUUACAAUGAUCUGAGUGGUCCUAUUCCAGACACACGUGGUAAAUUCGACUUAAGCAGCUUCUUCCAUAAUCCUAAGUUAUGCGGAGAUCCUUUGCCAAACAAAUGUCCACCGACUCCGCCCUCAAACUUAGAGGGUAAGAAAUCGAAACAUGUUUCGAAAACUCGGAUUCUUAUAUUCUCAGGAUAUGCAGUGUUAGGCUUGUUAGCUAUAGUCUUUAUCACCUGGAGGAUCUGUAAAAGAAGGAAGUCUGAACAAAAGGUUGAAGCGGUAAACAACGUAGAAUCUGCUGAUGAUAGUAAUAUCAACAAGUCUAAAUCAUUUGAAUCUAGAGAUUAUAUAACAGGGGAGAGCAAAUCAGAACUUUCCAUGAAUUCAGCAGAAAGUAGUUUGCCUUCAUCCUCACUAGUAGUCCUUACAAGUCCUGUAGUAAAUGGACUGAAAUUCGGGGAGUUGCUGAGGGCUCCAGCAGAGUUGCUUGGAAGAAGAAAGAAUGGUACACUCUACAAGAUUGUUUUGGAAAAUGGUAUGAACCUUGUUGUGAAAAGGAUUAAAGAUUGGGCGAUUUCAAGCAAUGAUUUUAAGCUCCGGAUGCAGAGAUUAGACCAAGCUAAACAUCCAAAUAUAUUGCCAGCUCUUGCCUUUUACUGCUCUAAACAAGAGAAACUAUUAGUCUAUGAAUUCCAGGAAAAUGGAAGUCUUUUUCGGCUUCUCCAUGGAGCUCAGAUGGGGCAAGCAUUUGACUGGGCAAGGAGGCUAGAUAUUGCAGCCAAAAUUUCUGAGGCAUUAUCAUUCAUGCAUCAAGAACUUGGUGAAGCUGGAAUUGCUCAUGGCAACUUAAAAUCCUCCAACAUCUUGUUCAACAAGAGCAUGGAGCCUUGCAUAAGUGAAUAUGGCCUCAUGGCAUUUGACAUUCAAGACUCUUCCACAUUCGCCAACGGCUUCAAAUGCCCUGCAGGUGCCAUCGCUGCAUCAUCAUUCGCCUACAAAGCAGACAUUUAUGGACUUGGUGUCAUCCUUCUGGAGCUUCUGACAGGACGCCCGAUGCAGAAAGAUGGAGUGGACUUGACAACAUGGGUUCACUCAGUCGUCCGAGAAGAGUGGACAGUAGAAGUUUUUGACAAAGGCUUAAUUUCAGAAGGCGCAAGUGAAGAGAGGAUGGUACACUUGCUGCAGGUCGCCAUAAAAUGUGUCAACCGUUCACCGGCGACCAGGCCUACCAUUAGCCAAGUGGCUGCCAUGAUCAAUGCUAUUAAAGAAGAAGAGGAAAGAUCAAUAGUUUCUGAAGCAUAA